AUGAUGAUUUUGGAGUGUGAAGGGAAUAAAAGCUCGGGGCCUGAUGGUUUUAAUUUUGUGUUCCUUAAGAGGUUUUGGGAAGUGAUCAAGGGAGAAGUGAUGGGUUACCUUUAUAAGAUUGUUUCCAAACUUUUGACAAAUAGGUUGAAAGGGGUUCUGGAUUCAAUAAUCUCGGAACAACAAUCAGCUUUUAUCCCAGAAAGGAACAUGUUAGAUAUUGUGCUUAUGGUUAAUGAGGCAGUUGAUUAUGUGCGGAGGCAUAACCAUAAGUGUUUUGUAUUAAAGCUUGAUUAUGAGAAGACUUAUGAUUCGGUGUUGGAAGCUAGAUAUAACAGAUUAGCUUCUUCUAUUCAACGUUUAUCAGUUCACAACAGAUGUUCUUUGUCAUGGCGUGAUUUGUUAGAGGUUAUUCAUCAAGGAAAUUCAUGA